UUUGCUAUACAGUUUUUAUUUCUGCUAUUAACUACACUUACACAUGGCAGUGAAACAGCUGAUACAGUUAUUCUUGUGAUAAUUGAACUGCCUGCUUAGUUGGGAUAACACCCAAUGAAUGUGUGAUGAAGAUCCCUGCUACUGUGAACACCUACUGUCUGUAAAAAUUACAGACCAAAAUACAGACAGAGGUGGUAAGAAUGGACUGAAACCACAGCAAGAAAUGUGCAUGCUCUGGAAACGUGGACCUGAUGCUAAACACUUCUUAGAACAUGCAAACUAGUUUGGGGAAAAGUUAAAUAUGCAUAACUAUGAAUAUGCAGUAGGCUGAUGCAAUAGAAAAGGUGUGUAAAGGGUUUCUCUGAAAUAGCAGGUGUGCUCCUGGCUGAAUGCCAAGCACCCAGCUGUUACCUUUGCUUUAUUUUUGUAUCCUACUGUCCUUUAUUUAACUUCUAAAUUUACCCAGGAAAGUGAACCUCGUUUUUCACAGCAGGAACGAGGAAGGACAGCAGGAUACAGGCUCUUGAGGGGACAGCAGGGCCAGCAGGGAAGCUGGGUCUGGCGAGGAUUUAAACGUGCUCUGUGAGGGGACGGCAGUGGAGCUCGGAGCUGUGGCAUGGGGAGGGACCACAGACUUUGCAGAAGGAUGAGGAAAUGACGGAGGAAAACCAGCCCUGCUGAUGCCAGGGGCGAUGGCUGGAAGCCACUGAGGGGAGGGAAAAGGCGAGGCCCGGCCGGAGAGGCCUCGGCCCUGAGGGGCCGCCCGCCAUGUUGUUUGCCGUCUCCAUAGCAACAGCCGCGCAGGCGCCGCCAUCUUGUUUACCGUCACCACAGCAACGCCCGCCAUCUUGUCCGCCGUGCCCCCAGCAGCGCUCCCGGCCGGGCCGAGCCGUGCCGGGGCCAUGGCGGGCGCGGGGCGGCUGCAAGACCUGGACCUCAGCGCCGAGGAGGCGGAGCGGCUCCAGCGCGCCUUCCGCGACGAGCGCUUCCGCGCGCUGUUCGCGGAGUACGCGGCCGAGCUCACCGACCCCGAGCAGCGCCGGCUGUACGAGGAGGAGGUGGCGGCUCUGGAGCGGGAGCGCGGCGUGGAGGUGCGCUUCGUGCACCCGACGCCGGGCUUCGUGCUGCGGACGAGCCAGGAGGGCUCCCGCCGCUGCUACAUCAAUGUCUGCAGCAACCCGCUGAUGGGGGAGCCGCGGGUCCGCGCCGAGCGCGGCGGGCAGCGCUGGGAGCUGCCCUACAGCCUGGCCCCGGGCCGCGAGGAGCUGCGCCCCGCCGGCCGCCGCCGCCUCCUGUACGACGUGGUGUUCCACCCCGCCGCGCUGCGCCUGGCCGCCCGCAGCGCCCGCUUCCGCCGCCUGCUCCGCGACACGGCGCUGGAGGCCGUGGAGAGCCAGUGCGGGGUGCGGCUGGACCGCAACAACGCCACCGUCCUGCGAGGGGUCUCCUACAAGGGCGUCCCGCAGGCGCCCGUCAUCCGCUCCCCGCUGCCCGGCGGCGCCCCGAAGCCGCCCGACGACGGCGAGUCCCCGCUGCCGCCCUUCCCCUUCCCGCCCGCCGCUGCCCCGCCGCCCGCCGCCGCCGCGGGCUCCUCGCCCGCCGCGCCCCCGCCGCCCUCCGGCCCCACCACGCCGCGCUGGAGCAUCCGCCACCGCUCCUACGUGGACCUGCAGGACUACCGGCACAGCCGCGACUCAGCGCCCAGCCCGGUGCCGCGGGAGCUGGUGGUGACGGUGGAGCUGCCGCUGCUGCGCUCCGCCGAGCAGGCGGAGCUGGAGAUCCGCGGGCGGGAGCUGCGGCUGGACUCGCGGUGUCCCGCCUACCGCCUGCGCCUCCGCCUCCCCUACGACGUGGACGAGAGCGCCGGGCGGGCCGCCUUCAACCGGGCCCAGCGGCAGCUGCAGGUCACGCUGCCCGUGGUGCAGCCGCCCGGCCCGCGGGAGCGGCUGGAGGAGGCCGAGCCCGCUGCCGAGGGGCCGGCAGAGGCAGGCCCGGCAGAGGCGGGCGGCGGAGCGGCUCCUCCCCCAGAACUCGGGCCUGGCGGCGCGGCCCGGGGCGCGUGUGGCGGCGGCGAGCGCGGUGAUCCGCUGGCCGAACCCCCGGCUGACCCAGUGUGUGAUCCUGCCGCUGCUCCGUGUGCCGAGCCCCCCGCUGAACUGCCCCUAGACCCACUCUGUGAUCCACCCGCUGAACCCUGGCGUGAACCUCCCGCUGAUCCAACCUCUGACUUCCCUGCUGACCCUGCCGCUGAUCCAACCUCUGAACCCGCUGCUGAACCUCCCACUGAUCCAAGCUCUGAGCCCCCCGCUGGUCCAACCACUGACCCCCGCUCUGGGCCCUUCACCGCCCCCGCCGCUGUUCCACCCGCAGAACUCCCCACCGAGCCCCGGGAGCCGCCACUGCCCUGCUCCGGCGCCGCUUCCCCCACCGCCAGCCCCGAGCCGGCCAUGCCCACCGGGGACACCCCUCCGCAGCGCCCCGAGGGCCACCCCAGCGAGACGGCCACCUGCCCUCCCUUCCGCGCCCGGCAGGACGAGGCGUCCCUCACGCUGAUCCUGCUGGUGCCCGGCAUCCAGCCGCAGAGCCUCCGCGGGGACGUGGGCACCCGGCACUACAGCCUCCGCUUCCGCACCGACACGGCGGCCUUCGCCCUGUUCCUGCGGCUCCCUGCCGCGCUGCUGUCCCCCGAGAGCAGCGUCAGCGUCUCUGCCCACAACGCCGUGCUGCGGCUCGCCAAGGCCCCCGGCAGCACCGGCCUCUGGGACAAGUUCAGCUUCGGCCCGGAGCCCUCCGCUCUGCAGGAGAGGUUGUUUGUCAGCGAGGAGAACGUUGAUGGAUUUCUAGGCACUGCUUUCUGCCCUUCCCCUUGCUCCCAAUCAGCGCUGGAAAGCCAGCCAUUAAUUGAAGUGCUGGAUGUUACUGAGGACAGAAUUCAAAUCAGGGUGGAGCCACGGGAACGUGAUGGACAAGGAGCACUCGGCAGCUCGGGGGGAGCCCACAGCAAGCACCCCGAAACAAAGGCAGAAACAAAGCGUCCCGCAGCCGAGGGAGGUGCUGCAGGAUCCAGCCCAGCUCCCACAGCCGCAACAAUAGGAAAAGCAGGCUGUGCUUCACCCCAUUGUUUGCAGCACGAACCUCCUGCCACCAGCCCGGCGAUUGCUGGCGGAGCCGGCAGAACGGAGCCCGAUUUAGAAAGUGCUGCUGCGGCAGGAGACACGGCCCCGGAGCCGGGCUGGGGAGAAGCAGGAGAGCUGCAGGGGCGUGGGGAUGGUGGGGAUGGUGGGGAGCAGGGGGAUGGGGAUGGGGAUGGGGAGCAGGAGGCAGCCCCGGGGCUGGGCAGCAGGGCAGGGUCCCCCGUCCUGCGGGAGGUGAACCCCAAGGACGGCAGCGUGCGGAUCCUGCGCGACCACCGCGCGCGCUGCCCCGCGCUCUUCCACAGCCCCCUGCUCUACGAGCUCGAUUAGUUCCAUUGUUUUGGAAUUUCCUCUUGUUGUUCCAUGCUUGUUCUGACUUCCACGGGCCGGUGGAGGACACAGAAGCCAUGAGUUCCCAGCGAAACUGGUGCAACAGCGAAACUUUCCGUUGUUAACAGUUUAACAGCUGUCGAAUGGCAUCUGUGGCAAUAAUUUCACAGAAAAGUUGCUGUUGGAGGUGACUCUGAGCUCCUGGAAAAAAAUGUAUCUUUAUUGUUUACAUAAAUUUUUUAUUCUCUUGCCACGUUUCAGGGAUUAUUUGUAUAUAUCCUCAGUCUAAUGGCUCCCUCGGGAAUUGAGCAGUAGUCAUCAUUUUCCAAACCUUUCAUUUGGUGAUAACUGCAGGAUUAGACUCACAGUGAUUCUUAGCAAUCAAAUGAAAUUUCUAAUUACCCGGAGAAGUUCUAAUUAGUCUCCUAGAAAUAAUCAACAUUUAUACCCUGUAUUCCAUCCUAGUGCUGUGCUUCAGAUCUGCAGCACCCAGAUAUCCCCCAGCUGAACAAAUUCCAUUGCACAAGAACAUCCUCUGGGUGCAUGUCUGCUCUGAAGUAUUUACAAUUGGUGAAAUGGAUUCUCUUUAGCCAGAUUUAGAUUUAUUUUUCUCAGUUUCCCUCGAGUUUCAGCGUUUCUCACCUCCCUAAAGCAGAAUAACCAAGAGAACACAUCUAAUAAUAAAUUUCCUGUUCUCCUUUCUCACUGCUGCUGAACCAACUUCUGUUUUUGUUUGAGAGGUGCUUUAGAGGAGAGUCAAUUCAAUUUUGCCUCGUUCCAGGGCUGCUCUGUCCCAUUUCUGUGUGAAACACCAGUUUGUGCGUGUGGUUU